UGUUUACUGUAACAUUUACCAAGCAGUCAAAAUACGUCUGCGACCCUCGCGCCCCUCUUUCAUGUUGAACUUGCGAACUUUUGACCAGUAUUUCAGGAGGCAGGGCAUGUAGGUGGAGACUAAAGCAAACCUGAAGCACACCUGGACACUUUUAACUCUACACCUGUGCUGUGCGCCACAGAGGUUCUCCGCGUUAAAUUCGGACAGACCUCAAGCCCAUCUCAUGGAUCGCUGCGCGGGGUCUGGGGACCAGCAGUCCUGUGAGACCGUAGAGGACGUCCCGGGUACCGCAGCAGGGGAUGGAGGAGCCGCUCCAGCACCUGAGAAGCCUCCUUAUUCGUACGUGGCUCUCAUUGCAAUGGCCAUCAGAGACAGCGAGAAUAAGAAGCUGACGCUGAAUGACAUCUACAACUUCAUAAUAUCCAAGUUUCCAUACUACGAAAAGAACAAAAAGGGAUGGCAGAACAGCAUCAGGCACAAUCUGAGCCUCAACGAGUGUUUCGUGAAGAUUCCCCGGGAGAACGGCGGGGAGAAAAAAGGGAACUUCUGGACGCUGGAUCCGGCUUUCAACGACAUGUUCGAAAAAGGCAAUUACAGGCGCAGGAGGCGCGUCAAGAGACCCUACCGACCACCACCAUUACCUUCUGGAUUUAACUUCACCGACACGUACUGCCUGCAAGUGCAACCGGAGCCUGUUUACUGGCAAACUCAGUUCGUCAACACCAGCUCCUGGAGUCACCAGUCCAGCUCUCCGACGCACAUCUCCGGAUACCUGCAGCCCAUCCUCGGUAACGCGCGCCCUCUGUCUCCAAACGAUUACGCCAAUUCUCCCGUGAGUUAUUACCAGGGUCAUCAUCACCAUCACUUUCACCCGUCCUACAGACCGUACCACCGGCAUCCGAACGCGCUGGUGUCCCUGGGCGGCAUGACUCCGCCGGUGAGCCCGGGCGGAAGCUCCAUCUCCACCUCCACCUGCAGCUACCCGCCGCAGAACCACCCUGAACUGGGACAUCAUCCAUUUGACUGAUGGACUGACAUGGGAAAACUGAAUAUAAGUAGGCUGACAGUUUAUCUAGAUUUAUUUUUGUUACGAUAACCCUUGGAAAUGUUAGCCUAAAUGUGCCGUUUCACGAAAUGAAGUUACAUUCGUUCACGUUUGUUGAGAUGGUUGCAUUAGUUUUAUUAGCCUGUGGUGUUGCAGUUGUGUUUUGUUUCUUUUCAUAAAUUAAACACUGCUUAAUUAUUGUUAACUUCCGAAGACGAGGAGCUGUUCGAACGCUCAUGCUUAGGCAAGUUAAUUUUCAUAAAUUUCAGCAAAUAUCACGGUUAGCAUAGCCUAUUUAUUUUUACCAUUGCGAUGGACUGGGCUCAAGAUCCUAAAAUUAAAUGUACAGUUUUGCAUUGCAGUUUACUGUUUUAAAAUAUGUUUGCUUAUUUGGUGGAAACUCUUUGCACAAGUUGUUUACAAGAGUUCUUUACACAUGCAAAGAUGGAUUGUCUUUAAAAAUGUUUUUGUAUAUUGAAUAUACAUGUUUGGUGUAAUAUUUCUGGAGUUUGAAAAUAUUUUUAUAUGUAAAUGUUCA